CACCGGGGUCAAACGUGGCGCUGUGCCUUUAUCUGCCCACCAAUCCUGCGCAGAGAUGCGCUCACGGUGACGUCCCUGAAGCGUCUCAGCGGAAACAUCGCCUCACCCGGUCAUGUACGGUUUUGUAAUAGUUCAGCUUUCAGACUUUGACGGUUGCGUGUGUCUUUAAAUACAUGUUUGACACCGUCUGGUAUUGACACGAGCUUGCUUGAGUCUCUGUGACACAAAUGGAGAAUUCAGAGACCAGUCCAUCUUCGGGGCCACCAGCAGCGCCGGACAGAGGUAUGGCACGACCCCCAGGCCCCCCUGGUCAGCUGUCAGAGUCAGCCAGGCACUCCAAGCACAGGGAGCACCCAUCCAAAUCACCAAGGAGACGGCGGGACGGGAAGAGGUCACAGCGACGGGGGGAUGGUCAUGACCAGCUGCUCUGGGAGAUCGAGCGACGGAAGUUGCCAGGCCAACACGAGCACUUGGAGCCCUCCGGGUCAGCGAGCGACACAGCGGAAAGCUCACCUAAGAGGAGAGCCCACUUUCUACAUGGACCAUAUCCAGCCACUCACUUCGGACCCAAAGCCUGUAUUCUUCCCAACCCAACUUCAGUCAUGCACAUCCAGGACCCGGCCAGCCAGCGGCUCACCUGGAAUAAACCCCCGGUCAAUGUGCUCGUCAUUAGGAAAAUCAGAGAUGAGAGCUUGGUUGAGCCUUUCAAAGAGCUCUGCAGAUUCCUAGUGGAGGAGAAGCAGAUGAUGGUGUAUGUGGAGCGCAGGGUCGCAGAUGAUGCUACGCUGUCACAGGACGAGGCCUUCGGCUCCAUACGCAAUCAACUCUGCACCUUCAGGGAGGGUUAUGACGAUAUCUCCGACUGUAUAGACCUGAUCAUCUGUCUGGGGGGAGAUGGGACUCUGCUCUACGCCUCCUCUCUCUUCCAGGGCAGCGUUCCUCCGGUUAUGGCAUUUCAUCUUGGUUCUCUGGGUUUCCUGACGCCUUUCAAGUUUGAGUCGUACAAGACUGAAGUGGCCAAAGUAUUUGAAGGCAACGCAGCCAUCACUCUGCGCAGUCGUCUGAAGGUGAAGGUAGUGAAGGACAUGCUUCAGAGAACAGGCCAGCAGCCGUACAACCGAGAGCCACCGCAGCAGCAACAGGAGCACAAUGGACUCCUUCUUCACGGACACACUAACAGUGAGGCCGGCAAGGUCACCCUGCAGCUACAGGUGUUGAAUGAGGUGGUGGUGGAUCGAGGCCCAUCUUCUUACCUGUCCAACGUCGACUUGUACCUCGAUGGACGACUCAUCACCUCAGUGCAGGGAGACGGUGUGAUUGUGUCCACGCCUACAGGCAGCACAGCAUAUGCAGCUGCAGCAGGAGCCUCAAUGAUCCACCCCAAUGUACCCGCCAUCAUGGUCACCCCCAUCUGCCCACACUCGCUGUCCUUCAGGCCUAUUGUUGUCCCUGCCGGGGUGGAGCUCAUGAUCACUUUGUCUCCAGAUGCCAGAAACACUGCCUGGGUGUCGUUUGAUGGCAGGAAGAGACAGGAGAUCCAGCAUGGAGACUGCAUCAAGAUCACCACAUCUUGUUACCCGGUGCCGUCUAUCUGUUGUCAUGACCUGGUGUACGACUGGUUCGAAAGCCUGGCUCAGUGUUUGCACUGGAACGUACGCAAGAGGCAGGCGCGACUGGCAGACGUGUCCGACUCAUCAGACACCGAAAACUGAGUCAGCGGGGGCUUUUACCGGCCUGAGUUAAAGACUUUCAGCCGACGCUCUCCACAGCAGCUGAGUGAGUGAGAAUGAGGCGAUCAAGUUUGUUGUGAGACGACCACAAGGUCACUGUGCAAACAUUUUUAUGACAGAAACACUGGACUGUGACAGUGAGAGUACUCGUGUCUACAGCCAAAGCAGUGUUACAUUAAUCCUAUGAAUAUCAUGUACAAUAAGCAUACUGUGCAUACAGUAUUUCAUACGUCAAGUCAUCGCCCCCUUACAUUCCAGUACAUAAACACUGCGGUUUUAUCUGUAGCUUACAGGGAGAAAGCAUGUUUCUCAUUUAGAAAUGAAAAAAAACCAGUUACAUAAAUGACAAAUAAUUCUGUGAUGUGAACGAUGAAGAUCAUCUGAACCUCUUCAUGAAUAUUCUGAGAGCUGUUUUCUUUGGACUGAUCUGAUGGAUUGAUCAGUGUUUAAGUUGUGGAUGUUACUGGCACGACUUUGAGCGAUUAUAGGUAGAAAUAGACGGUUAACACUAAAAUUAAGCAAAAGGACAGUUUCUUCUGAACUUUAAUGUAAAUUUGUACAUACAGGAUUCUAGGAUGAAUUUAUUUAAUGUCAUAUUUAUGUGAUAUUUAUAUAUUUUCAAGAUGGGAGAUUGUAAAGGUUAACUCACUGGAAAUUUAUUUCUAAUACUGAAUCAACCAAAGACUACAGUAUGUUAUUGUUGUCCACUGUGCAAUCAUAUUGUACAGUCUUUUCCAUCGUUCUGAAUCUACUCUCUUGGUGUCCUGUUGUUAAACACAUUUUUUAGUUGUUUUGAAACAACUUUUGGGCCCCAUUUUAAAUUCUACAAAAAGGUGGUGACACAACACGGAAUGAGUCGGAGAAUCAUAAACCAGUCAUCAUUUUUUUCACGAUUGUUAAACAGUCAGAUUGUCAGAGUCUGGAGCAGAGGACAGUAAUGUGACAAUAAAACGCUAAAAACUUUCCAGCUUUUUUUGUUUAGUCUGGUCUCCGCAUGAACCCAAACCUUCUGAGUGAUCCCUCCAUGCAGUCAUUCAGUGGAGGGCUGCAGCCAAAAAUUACUAUCUUUGAUUCAUUUGCGGAAUAUUUUCUUGAUUCAUUUUUUUUUGGUCUAUAAAAUGUCAGCAAAUAUUGAUAAAUGCCCCUCACUAUAUUCUACAGUACGAGGUUAUAUCAUUAAAUGUCUUGUUGUGUCUGACCAAAAGUCAAAAGCCCAAAAAUAUUCGCUUAAUUAUAUGGUAAGACAGAGAAAAAUAGAAAAUCCUAAAAUGUGAGAAGCUGGAACGAUAAAAUUCUUUAGGGAAUUUGUUUUAAAAAUGACUGAAAUGAUUAAUAAAUUAUCAAAAUAGUUGGUUUCUUCUGAUUGACUAGUAGAUGAAUCAACUAACAAAUUCUCACUUGACAAUAUAAAAAUAAAAA